CCGGGCAUAUCUUCAAUCCGCCACUACUCGAGCAACCGAUAAAGGACUCUUUGUUUACUCUCUUCAACCGUCAAUCGACCUCAACCUAGGGUCCGCCCAGUCAAUAUGUUCAACGAGAACUUCACAUUCGGAGCGUCACCGCAGGCAUCAACUCUUUCACUGCAGAUCGAACCAUCCACUUCGGGCGAGAUUUCGCCCUUCACAUCACGAUGUUCAUCACCACGCAAUGGGCGGCCUGCCUCCCCACACCGCGACUCUCGUUUCGACACCUAUAAACCCAACAUUCCACAUCGCCACCCUUCCCUCGCGGCAUUGACCGCGCAACUACAAUCGCAAGCACUCAACGACACCGAGAUGCGUUCUCCGUCUCUACCACCCAGCGAACCCGAGUCCCCUCUAGAGUCCACCAGCGACACCGAUGUUGACGAAGGCUUCUACGACGGUCCAGAGACACCAGAAACUACGGUUUCCGACAUCUACGAGUCUGUCGAUGUUGAUCCAGCGCUAUGGGAUCUGAGCAUGUCAGACGCUAUGGUAGCCACAUCAUCUCCACGACCUUCACUAUCACUCGAGGCUCAAGCUCUUUCUUCAUACACGAUGCGUCGAAGGCAGCGGCAAGCACUAGUCCGCCUACAAUGUAUGGUGACGCGGGCGCCGGAUUUGGCGAUGCUCAUCGAAGAGUGCCACCCAAGCUCACUACCUUUUGGUGACGAUUCGGGGAGGAGCUACCAGACAAAGAGCAGGAAAGAAUCUACAUGCAGUGGUUUGGGAAUUGCAGAUACGGGAAACAGUGGGCGGAUAGAGAAGAAUCGACGGAGUUCGAUUGCUGCGGUUCGGAAAUCUCCUAGAAUGAGGAAGAGAACCAAUUGAGCACAAUUUUGAAAGAGAGGGAACGUUUAUGAUAAACGCAUAGCGAUGGGAUCUAUUUUCUUCUGCAGGCAUUCACGUUCCAAUGCAUACAUUCUGGGACUCUGAUCUACUCAUUCUGCCCACCAUUGCCUAUUUUGCGAUUGCUGGUAGAGCACUUUGUGUGUGAAUUCUACAAUUCCAGCCCUACUACAAGUUACGACUGGGACAUACAAGGUGUCAGCUAGCAGAUCCAUCAUCGAUUGGACAGCUACCUCGUAUCCCCAACGCUCAGAAGUCCGAAUCGAGAUCGACAGAGAAAGUUCCAGACUCGUGCAGAUCGAGCCAUGCAUCGCUUGUGUGAUUUGCCGGAGCCUGUGGCUGUGCCGCACCUGCAUAUGUCAAGCUCCUGUCAAAUGUAGC